AUGGUUGAAGGUCAUUUUCGUCAAACGGGUCUUUCAAUCAGCUUAUCCAAGGAUGUAGCCAAAACUAUUUCUGGGAACAUCGGAAAAUGCUUGGCGGAAGCAUUCAGCAAGAUUGGUAUUAGUGAUUGGAACUCCAUUUUUUGGGUGUCUCACCCUGGUGGGCUGGCGAUUUUGGACCUGAUUGAAGGGACCCUUGGUUUAAAGGAGGAGAAACUCAAGGCAUCAAGAAAAGUGUUGAGCGAAUAUGGUAAUAUGUCAAGCCCCACUGUGAUGUUCAUUUUGGAUGAUAUGAGGAACAAGUCUAUGAAGGAAGGGAAAUCCACAACCGGAGAAGGGUUUGAUUGGGGUGUGCUAUUAGGGUUUGGACCAGGUCUAACUGUGGAGACAAUCAUCUUGUGUAGCUUAACCCAGCCUUGA